AUGAGUUUUUUAUGGGGGUCUACAAAGUCCAAGAAAGGCAAGAAUAAAAAGGCUGCAGGUUCUCUUCCGUCAGGUGUUGUUCCACAGCAACGUGUGAAACCAACACGUAAAAACGUUCCUAUAGAUUAUCCAAGAACUUUGGAAAAAGUACAUGGUGAAAGUUUAAUCUUUAGGACGUCCCUUUUAAGUGAAUUGGUGAGCACUGGUAAAUCUGGUAUUGGUCCUCCAGACUUGAUUCAUUGUACAGAGUUAGAUAAAUUUCACGAUGAGAAAAUAGGUGAAUUCUUUUACAUCACGGGGAUCGACGCCUCGAGCGUCUCUAUGCCAAUUGCAUUUUUGAAGCUGAUAAAAUGGAAUGAUGGUAAGAAACUAAAAUCAGCAUCUUUGAAGAACGACGACAUCACAACCUACUGCACUUUCAAUAUCUUUCAAAAAUUGGACAUUAGAUUAAGAUAUGAAUCUGAAGAUGUUUAUCAAGUUAAUAUCGUUGACUGUUUAAAUGGCAACAAUGAAAUACCGUUGAGUGAUCUUAUUUGGGAAGAAACUUUCGUUAGCUGUUGCAUAAGAAGCGUAAUUAUUAAUUCAGAUUUUGAAAGAAAAAUACCUGGGCUAGUGGAAUUACCAUUUGUUUUUGAGAACAGAUGCGCGAGUGAUUAUAAAAGGGUGAUAGAUUCGUUAUGCAAAUUUUUGCCAAGAUUUUUAGAAUGUGGUUGGGAUUCUACAAAGAGCGUCUAUGCAACGAUACUGAAUAACUACCUAACUGAAUCAUUAUUAGUAUUUCUGUCUAUAACUCCAGAAUUCAUAACAGACUAUGCGAUCCAGGUUUUAGACAACUUGAUGACGAAUGACCCGUCAAAUUCUAGAUAUUACGCUAUUGUAAUUAUUUCUAUCAUGGAGCGAAGUAAUGACCGCGAUGUAGAAAUGAUCAAACGGAUACACGAGAUAUUAGACCUAUUACUACCCGUACUGUAUGGAUUGCCAUCCGAUGAACCUUACAUUUCUGAUUUGAUCAAUUGCAUCACCGAUGUAUUAAGCAUCCAAGCAAGGUUUCUAUUGAACAAUAACGACUAUGAACUUUCUUUAUCCAUUUCCACAUUGGCCACGAAUUUAUCUUCUGAUAAUUUUGAAUCUUGGUAUCUGUUAUCUAAAGGCUAUAUUUUUUCACAACAGUAUGAUAAGGCACUGCUCUCAAUCAAUUCGAUGCCCUGUUUAGCGGAAUAUGAUAUCGUUAAACAAGCCCAGAUUAACGCUUUUAAGUUUUAUAUGAACUACUACAAGGCACCACUAUGUCAUAGCAGAGAACACUGUACCAUGACAUCACACGAGUUAAAUCACCUCAUGAAUAUUAUGCAUUAUGAAAAUGAGUUGGAGUUGAAGACAAUAAUAUUUGGACGCACUGUAAUGCCCAAUGAAUCUAAGUAUGGAUGUAUUGAAGAGAUAUGGAAUAAAUCCUGUCUUGAAUUAGGACCUAUUUGUGGACCACAGAGUGACAAUCUCAUAAACUUUGUAUCUCAGCAGGAGGUAAAUACAGUAGGAGAUAUGCUGUUACUAAAACGAAGCAAAGAAACCAGACAAGAGAGUUGGUUUAUAAAGCAAGUACGUCUUCUGUUGAUGGAAUUAGUCGCUAGAAUCGGCUGGAACGCCUUACUUCAGCUAAGAUCUGACGUUUUCGUUAUGGAGAGUAAAUUCAAAAUGAUAGAAUCUUCGGACAAGCUGUCCACAGAAUUACGCCAGAAGAGGCUCUGUCAGAGAUGGUUUGAUGCUAUGUUUCUGGACGUUUACGAAGAUUUAAGUAUUAGCACUUCAUCUCAAGAAAAUAAGGCUACGGCGAAAUACAGCGGGUUGGAAUGGGAACUACUUGGCUUAACUCUGCUUCGAGUGAGUGACUUACCCGAUGCAGUAGCGUGUCUACGAACUAGUAUUUUGGCAAGGUUUGACCCUAUUAGUUGUCACCAUCUGUUGAACUUUUAUUUAACCAUGGAUUUUAAUGAUGAGUUUAUGAGAAGGUUUGACGUCGAUAUCAUUUUAGAUCUAUUAGUGAAAUUGAUCUCCUUUCGGAUACGAUUCUAUGAUAGAUUUCAGAUAUUUUCCCUUCAAGUACUAAGGAAACUAGAGGGACAGCUGGGCUCCGAAAUUAUUAAGAAUAAAAUAAUUAAUUCUCCUUACGGGCAAGCUGGCAUCACUUCGGUGAUAGAUUAUAUGCUUGAAUGCCUCUCUAAAAAUAGGAAUGAAGCCUGCCUAGCCUAUGAACGCCCUCUUCCAGAUCUUCCUUCCACUAUCAAACCUCUGGCAGACUAA